AUGACAAAGUUCAGAGGCUGUAUUGACAUACAUUCUGGUCAAGUAAAGCAAAUUGUUGGUGGUACUUUAACACAAGAUGAUACAACAGAAUUGAACCAUAAAUCAACUACUACAGAGAACUUCGUUUCGACCAAACCUUCGUCAUAUUAUGCCGAAUUAUACAAAAAUGCGGGCAUAAAUGGAUGCCAUGUAAUCAAAUUAGGUUCCAACCCUGAAAAUGAUGAAGCAGCUAAAUUGGCGUGUCAGCUGUGGCCAAAUAACUUGCAAGUAGGAGGUGGCAUCAAUGGUGAUAACGCAUUGGAAUGGUUGGAUGUACAUAAAGCUUCUCAUGUUAUUUUGACAAGUUGGCUAUUCAGUGAUAGCGAUGAAGGUAAGGAGUUUGACUGGGUAAAGCUAAAACGAGUAUCUGAAUUGGUGGGCAAAUCUAGAUUGAUUGUUGAUUUGAGUUGCAGAGAGUUAAGAGUUGAUGACAAAAUUGAAUGGGUGGUUGCUAUGAACAAAUGGCAGACAUUGACUAACAACAAAUUAAGCGCUGAGUUUUUGGGUGAAGUGUCUCAAUAUUGUGACGAAUUUUUGAUACAUGCUGCAGAUGUCGAAGGGUUAUGCAAUGGAAUUGAUGUGAAUCUUGUGGCGAAAUUGGGAGAGUGGUGUCCUGAGGGCUUUGAAGGGAAGAUAGUAUAUGCCGGUGGUGCCAGACUGGUCAAAGAUUUAGAUACAGUCAGCAAGUUGAGUGAUGAUAAGGUUGACUUGACCUAUGGAAGUGCAUUGGAUGUGUUUGGUGGAAAGUUGGUUAAAUUUGAUGACCUUGUGUCCUGGAACGAAUUACAUUAA